UGAAACUGGACGCACAUAGUUUGUGAAGUACGUGCUAGAGGAAAAGUUGUUCCAGUUGUAGUUGCAGUAAACUUGAUUCAAUAUGUCCGGCAUCGCAGCAUCGCGACUUGGCGAGGAGCGUAAAGCGUGGCGCAAAGACCACCCUUAUGGAUUUGUGGCUCGUCCCGUUAAGAACCUCGAUGGAUCACUGAACCUCAUGACAUGGGAGUGUGCCAUUCCCGGAAAGAAAGGAACAGCCUGGGAAAGUGGGCUAUACAGACUGAAGAUGAUUUUUAAGGAUGAUUACCCGACCAGCCCGCCAAAGUGCAAGUUUGAGCCGCCGUUGUUCCACCCGAACGUGUAUCCAUCCGGUACGGUGUGCCUGUCACUGCUGGACGAAGAAAAGGAUUGGCGUCCUGCGAUUACCAUUAAACAAAUUUUGCUCGGUAUACAAGAUCUGCUAAACGAGCCCAACAUUAAGGACCCGGCACAGGCAGAGGCAUACACUAUAUAUUGCCAGAACCGACUGGAGUACGAAAAACGUGUGCGUGCUCAAGCCAGAGCAAUGUCGGCCACAGAUUGAAGUGGACGGAUCGAUAUAAUAAAUUUAUUUAAUCAUAAACGGCUGCACUCUCAUUUGAGCCACCCUACAUCCAACGAUGUUAUCACCUCCUGCCAGCAUAGUUGAGCAAAAAGUUUGCAAAAACGGCGUCUCAUAAUCCAGAUUUUAGUGAUCAACAUUUUACAUGUCACUAUCGCGCUGAUAUCAUUAACCACAUUCAAAAGCUUCCUAGAACUGGUUCGUCUUCAAGCAUAGGAGCCGGGAAAUUUCUCUAAAAAAGAUACUAUAUACGGAAUUUGCGCACGAGACAAGCAUUCAAUCCAGCUAAGAAGUUUCUAUGUUGUAUGAUAUUGCUAUAAUAAAAC